AUGCCUUCGAGACGGCCACACACCAAGACGCGCCACGGGUGCAAUACCUGCAAGGCGCGAAAAGUGCGCUGCGACGAGGAGAAGCCUGUUUGCAGGAAUUGCACGCGUGGGAAUAGAUCGUGCAGCUAUCCUAGUCAGAUCCUGGCGAUUCCGAAUAGUCUGGCGACGGCACAUAUCGAUGCUCAGGAUCAAAUCUUCCCGGUGAGGGAUAUGGAGCUACUACAUCACUAUACGGCUAUAACAUACAAAAUGAUGUCGCCCGAGCCCGAUCAGCACAGCAUUUGGCAGGUUUAUGUGCCGCAGAUGGCGUUUUCAUAUCGCUUUCUCCUCCAUGGGAUCCUUUCUGUGACGGCACUGCAUCGGAGGUACGAUGCGGAGGAGUGUCAGAAGGAGACGCUCAUGAAUCUUGCCAGAUAUCACCAGCAGCAUGCUCUUACUCUGUACAUUCCUCGACUGCGCUCCAUCAACCAAGAGAACUGCCACGCACUGUUCGCCUUCUCCAUGCUGCUUGGGAUCCUCUGCUUCGGCAUGCUAGACGACGAGGGUCUAGGCUCGCGAGCACUGGUCAGCCGCUUUCUGGACUGCUUCGACGCCUUGAUGGGCGCCACUGCUGUCGCGUACGAAGCGGCACACUGGCUCAGACAGGGUGUAUUCCGCCCGAUCAUGGAGGAUAUCUGGCCGGAGGUGCACGACUUUGCGCAUCUCAAGGAAGGUGCUAAAGAGGCGUUGGAGGCUCUCAUCGCACAAGUUGGGGAGACUUGCAAGUCUGAGCCCACGUCGGGAUCCAGCACGCCCGUUCCACCACUUGGUGCGCCUGUCGGUGAAGAGGUGGGGAAUGGUGUUGCGGGAGGGAUGAUGUCUAGAAGACAGGCGUAUCUGGCCAGCAUUUACGGCUUGGCGACGGUGAUGUACCCGGCACCUGGCGAUCGUCAAGCUUCGAUUGUGGUCGCGUGGCCGAUCCUAGCUGGCGCAGCUUUUGUGCAGCUGCUGAAACGGCGAGACCCGCUGGCGCUGGUCAUUCUUGGCCACUAUGGCCUCGGAAAGCGACUGACAGAAGCCAUCGCUGAAGAGUUGGAUGUGGCCUGGCAACCUCUGCUUGCCUGGCCAUUAAGAAGAGUCUCAGAAGUGAUAACUCCAGAGUGA